AUGGGAGAUAUCGGCGGGAGCAGGCAGCUGAAGCAGAGGAGGAGAAGAGCGGCGAAGCGACGCCGGCGACCCCAGCCACCCGCCCGCCGCCCGCCGCCGUCCGCUGCGCCCCGCUGGCCGGCGCUGCUCGGCAGUACAUACGCGAGGAGAGGUGGCAGGUCGAUGCUGGCCUCUGCUGCAGCAGCUCUACAAGCCUGGACCUCUGCCUGCAGCAGCUCUACAAGUAUGCGAGUGACCUCCCUGGAUCAGAUUAAAACCUCUCCUGGUGUGUCUCUCUUUUUCUUUUCCAGCAAUUGCCCCUCAUUUUUGGCCGCUGCUUUAGCAAGAGCAACCUCAGACGAGGUCCUGCAGAGCGACCUCUCGGCGCAUUUCCUACCAAAGCGCGUGGACAACGCGGACGGGAUCAUACAGAUCGAGACAGUGAAGUUGGCCCGCCUGGUUUUUAGCAAACUGCACGAGAUCUGCAGCAACUGGGUGAAAGACUUCCCCCUGCAGCCCAAGCCCCACCGCUACUACGAGACGUCCAUCCACGCCAUCAAGAACAUGCGCAGGAAGAUGGAGGACAAGCACGUCUGCAUCCCUGACUUCAACAUGCUCUUCAACCUCGAGGACCAAGAAGAACAGGCCUAUUUCGCGGUGUUUGAUGGCCAUGGGGGAGUGGAUGCUGCCAUUUAUGCCUCCAUCCACCUCCACGUGAACAUGGUGCACCAGGAGAUGUUCCAGCACGACCCGGCCGAGGCUCUGUGCCGAGCCUUCCGCGUGACCGACGAGCGCUUCGUCCAGAAGGCAGCCAGGGAGAGCCUGCGCUGUGGAACCACCGGGGUGGUGACUUUCAUCCGAGGGAACAUGCUGCACGUGGCCUGGCUUGGGGACUCCCAGGUUAUGCUUGUGAGGAAAGGCCAAGCUGUGGAGCUGAUGAAACCCCACAAACCAGACAGAGAGGACGAGAAGAAGCGCAUUGAGGCCCUGGGCGGCUGCGUGGUCUGGUUUGGAGCCUGGAGGGUGAACGGGAGCCUGUCUGUCUCCAGAGCUAUUGGGGACGCCGAGCACAAGCCAUAUAUCUGUGGGGAUGCAGACUCUGCCUCCACGGUGCUGGAUGGCUCUGAAGACUACCUCAUUCUGGCCUGUGAUGGCUUCUACGACACCGUGAACCCCGACGAGGCAGUCAAGGUGGUGGCUGACCACCUCAAGGAGAACAAUGGUGACAGCAGCAUGGUAGCACACAAAUUGGUGGCGUCUGCCCGGGAUGCCGGUUCCAGCGACAACAUCACCGUCAUCGUGGUCUUUCUCAGGGACAUGAACGCGGCCGUCACCGUCAGCGAGGAGUCGGACUGGACAGAGAACUCUUUCCAAGGGGGGCAGGAAGACAACGGGGAAGACAAGGAGAACCAUGGAGACUGCAAACGGCCGUGGCCCCAGCACCAGUGCUCAGCACCGGCAGAUUUAGGGUACGAAGGACGAGUGGAUUCCUUCACCGACAGAACUAGCUUAAGCAUAGGGUCCAGCAUCAACCUGCUUGAUGAUCAAGGCUAUUUAGACCUGACAAAAACAGAAACUAGUUCACCUCAGAGUGCCAAAUGUCUGCCACCAGUCCAAGUGUUUAGUCCUGGAAUACCAAAGAGUGCAGAUUUGAUCAGCAGCUUCCCAGCGAAGGGCGAAUCCCCAGAGCGCGCCACGGCCUCGGUCUGCGGGCAGAGCCACCCUGGGGAGCACGACGCUCCCCUGAGCUCGGGUGCUGCAGGGCAGGGCAUCUACAGGGUGAAGGGGUUGUCCCCCAUCUUCUCUGGGCUGGAAGAUGAACUGUUGGAAUCCUUGGGAAAACGAGCCGCGUUCCUCCACGUCCGGCUCUGCGGCGGGAAGAGGCGACGAGCAGCCAGGCUCACACCAAAGUUUCACACCCUGCUCUGGGCUCAGGAGCCUUCCCACCUAGAAGGAUCCACCCUGUCCUUCCCUUUCCGGGGCCGCAGGAGCAGGAGGGCGUCGGCCCGACCCUCCCCCUGGCAGAGGCUGCUCAGUCGUAACACUUACAGCGAGAGCAUGUUUUUGAUGCGAAGACAAAGUAAUUGUAUACCAGACCCACCCCUCCAUCAAUGCUGUAAAAUGUAACCACCCCCUCGUGUUCCCCCUGUCAGACUCCCAAAGUAGACAUUCCCAAAAUAAAAACUGGCAUCAUCAGAGAGCGAAAAGAGGUGGGCAUUUCCGAACUGUACUCCAGUCCCCUGCAAAGCUCCAAACCCUGUGUAAAUAGACCUAGGAAUUAACAAAUGUAGUUGUCUCAAAUCUCAAUAAAGUUUGCUGGUGGUGACACCCUGAGCAAUUCCGCAGCCGCCCGACCACCCGCACACACGAGUGUCCAGCCACAUCCACCAGGGAAAGCCAAACAGCCGCUUCACGUGGACAGACUCCGUCAGGGCACAGUCCUUAGACACGCAGAAGGCUGCACCUGCCUGAGGAAUGUCUGUGCAGCAAUACUUACAGCACGGUCUGGUUCAGAACUGCCAAAUUUUUCUAGAGCGGGGGGAAGUUUCCGUAGAGUCGAGGUGUGGGGGGGGUUUCUUGUGUUCUGCUUUCUGUUUGUUCCAGGUGAGCGUUAAGGUGAAUUAGGAAUCACAUCCACUUUUGCAGGUAGAUGACUAAAAGCCAUACAGGGUUUACCAGGUACCUUAGGAAUGGACACACUAAGCUCCUGCUGCUCUGGUCUCAGACUCCUGUCGAGGUACAGACUCAUAAUUUACCUUUUUUUUUUCCAUGUAACAUAAAAUGCGGAAUAUGAAGAAAACUUUUCUUGUAGUUUAAAAAAAAAUCCUGUUUUCCUGUGGCUGGAGGUGCAGUGUAGGGAAUUUCGUACCUUUCUGGUGCUUUUAGUGGCAUUUUUCUUGUUUCUCAGUUUAGGAAACUGUUCUCAGUUGAACAUGAUUGUGCUUAAUGCUUUGAGCCAACCUCUUCCCACCCUAACUUCAUCUCAGGUCUUAAAAGAACAAAUCCGUGGAGAAGUUCAGGACAACCCCCUGUCCCUCCGCCUGUCGCACCGGAGAUCAACUGGAUGAGCUGUUUGGUUUCAUUAAUGAUUUCUAGAUGGCAGAGGCAUCCUUUAACAUCAGAUUUCAGCAUGAAGGAUGGUGGGUGCAGCACCAGGGUUGCCGUGGGGUGUUGUCAGGGUGUGUAGGAACGGAUGCCGGGCUGCCGGAGCGAUCCAGAGCGCGUGGAAAUGCCGAGGAUGCGGAUGAGCAGGGGCUGUCCUUGGGUGGAAUUCACUGCUCUGGGUCCCCCUGGGUCCAGGGGGGCAAGUGAGGAAUGUCAGCUGCCCCGGUUUGGCAGGGGCCACCAGCCCCUCCCCGCUCCCCAGGGGACGUUCCACCCUCAGGGAGCCGUUAGUUGGGACGUAAAUAAGCAGCCGAUUCCCAUCAGCUCCACUAAGCCCAGAUCCUGUUACUGUCCUUUGUCACAGUAAGACAUUUGGAGGAGUAUGAAUAAAGUCAGUCUUCAUAGGCACUUAGUGUACCAUUCAUAUCACUUUAGCAGUAACAAUAGCAGUAUUAGUGUUUAGCUAGAAUUUGCAAAGUAUUUUAAUAUUAAGUAGUCAGGAGAUUAUUCAACACGACGAGAUGGCAAGGCUUGAAUUCUGCCAAUUUCCGCUGCUUCUAUCUUCGAUGCACUAUUUUAAAAGCAAUCUGAUGAACAGCAAAAGGCUUUGUGAGCAACCAGGAGUUGGAGUGUGGCUUCAGAUUCCUUUGAUCUUUUUCAGACUUUGUUUUAAUCUUACGGGAUCAUUGGCUCUUAUCUGUCAUCUUAUUCCGCCUUAGCUGUUGUCGAUGUUCUCUUCAGCUGCAGCUCAUGUUCCAAGUCAGAUUUACCGAGGAAAUUUGAGAAACCAUGAAAUGGUAAAAUAUGCAACUCUGGGGCAUCUCUGUGGUGCCUUUGUUUUAAAUUAUUCACAGUAAUAAUGGCUCGUUGGAAGUCCAUCUUUAGCUGACUGUCGUGUUCCGGAGAGAAAGGUGGUGUAAGUGCAAUUCUUUGUGUGAGUAACUUAAGAGUGAAAACCCAUUAUGGAUGAUAAAACUUCUUCCCAGUCUGCAGGAGCAGUUGAAGAGCACUGGACUGCAUGUGUGCUGUUUUGGGAAGGAUUUAGCUUUUUAGGUGUGGAUUCAUAAAUGAGAAUUCUGCGACUCAUCCCAUUUAUCCUGCUAGGAGAAAACAAUCCACCAUCGUAGUUCCAGUGUGGUCAGGUAAAACCAUUGUAUAGAUAGAGCAAGUGUUCAUUUCUUCACUAACUGCAUAUUUAUAGAGUAGAUAGGAACCAUUUGUAAGGUAAGUCCUUUAAAGUUCUAUAAUAUUAAAAGUAGUGGUUAUUGGUCUGAUUAUGCUGCUCUUGAUUCUACAACUAGACAAAAAGCAGUGCUUGUGAAAUGCAGUGUUUUCUCUUAAUGCCACUGGUGAUAGGAAGUAGUUCUCUUCAGUUCAAACUCCUGUGCCCUUAUUUGCUGCUUGCUGACGUAAGCAAUAAUCCCUCUCUAACAGUAUCUAAGUGUUCUGUAUCUCGUACUUUGAUUGUCUAUCUGGUGACAGUGUAAAACCUUAGGCUAAUAGAGAAGUAUCUCAUUGUAUUUAUUAACUGUUGAUACUGAGAUUCAGUCUGUGACCUGUGUUUUGUAUUUUUAUCGUGUAUCUUUAGUGGUGGUGAAAUUUGUAUAACGAAUCUUUCCAAUAAAGAGCUGAAGUAUCCCUUUCCCGCGUUAACACGA